AUGAGUGUCGCCGACAACUUCACCGACUUCCUGUCCGGCACGUCGUACGUCUUCCGGAUGGCGGUUGACGAGUACCAGAGCGAACGCAACUGGACCGGCCUGAUCGACCGGUACUGGCUGAUCGUCGAGGAGCUGAUCGCGGAUCCCAGAGCGAAACAGUUGCCGUUCAUGGACAAUCCGCUGCCGACACUGGGCAUGAUCACCAUCUACCUGCUGUGGGUUCUCCUGAUCGGUCCAAUGUACAUGCGGGACCGGAAGCCGAUGGACUUGCGCCGGGUGAUCAUCUUCUACAACCUGUUCCAGGUGCUCCUGAGCGGCUACAUGUUCUACGAGCACCUGAUGGCCGGUUGGAUACGGGGCUACAGUAUGACGUGCCAAACCGUGGACUACUCCGAUGGUCCCGCAUCGAGAAGGAUGUUCAACCUUUGCUACGUGUACUACCUCUCGAAGCUGUCGGAGUUUGCCGACACCGUGUUUUUCGUGCUGCGUAAGAAACAGUCGCAAAUUACUGACCUGCACGUGUACCAUCAUUCGCUCACGCCGAUCGAGGCGUGGAUCCUGACCAAGUUCAUUGCCGGCGGAAACGCGACGCUGCCGAAUAUAAUUAACAACUUUGUGCACGUGCUGAUGUACUUCUACUACAUGCUGUCGGCGAUGGGGCCCCGCUUCCAGAGGUACCUCUGGUGGAAGAAGUACAUGACGGAGGUGCAAAUCAUACAGUUCAUCAUCUGCAUCGCGCACUGCAUCAACGCCCUCGUCACCGGUUGCCCGUUCCCGCGCUUCAUCUCCACGUUGCUGCUCAUCAACGCGACCAUCUUUUUGGCCCUCUUUAUGAACUUCUACAUUGAGAGCUACAGGCGCAAACCAAAGGGACUGCCCGGGAAGCCGGAGAGCGCUGUCGGUUCCACCACCGGCACCACCGUGACACCGGCACCGGCCGCCCUUGAACCCUCCCGGGUGGAGGAAGUCAGCGACGAAGCGAAAGUGUCGGUCGCGCUUGCGGUCAAACCAGCUCCGGCUUCGGUAGACGACAUCAACAACAACCGGACGGCUGAAAACGUGGCGAGCGAGGGGGCCACGGUGGACGGAAACCCCACCACAGACGACCGGCCUGCGGGUGAGCCAUCGCAGGAGGACCUCGUCGCUGGAGUCAGUGACGUCACUAAGCUGGACUCGCCAGAGCUGGAGCUCGAACCGUCCGGACUGCGGCAACGGAUAGUGGCACCGAGCGGUGGCGAGGACCGUGCGUUUCACGAGUCUCCGAGUGUAGUACCUGUGCCCGCCGUGGCCAGCGGUUGA